CCAGUAUCACAGGUGUAAGGGUGUGUGGCCUGGAGAACAAGGAAGAGAAUUGUUUGGGGUGGUGAGAAAGGAAAUGUUUGUGGAGGUACAUGGAGCAGUAAUGUAGGAGCUGUGCAGCCUUCAGUGGAGAGGGGGAAAAGCUCCUUUGUAUAGUUGUACUUCGUCCAUCUGAAGUGAACAAGGAAAUCAGUGUGAUUGGAAGACCAGAAAUCAAGCCAAGGCCGGAUUACCAUCUCCCUACUACUAUGUCUGCCAGUCGUCCUGGUCCUGCUUGGAGAGAGACGACGGCAGCAGCAGCAGCAGCAGCAGCAGCAUUCUGGAGGAAACACCAUGCAGCAUCUGAGGCUGUAAAGACGACUGGAGCCUCACAAUAUUUCUUAUUUUUGAUUUUUUUUUUUUUUGGUUUCGUGCGUUUUUUCCCCCCUCUCUCUCUCUCUCUCUGUCUCUUUCUCCUUUUCACCCAAUCUGUGACGCGCAAGGACACUACAGCAGCAUCCAUCCAGCUCACAUAGAGCCUCCUCUGUACAGACGCACCACCAUCCUCCUCCUUUCCUUCCUUCCUUCCUUCCUCCCACUCUUCCUCCUCUCUUCUCCUGUUCUGUUUCUAACCCACCAGAGGACAUCGGGAACCUCUUCUCCUUUCCUUCCCCCCUUUAAAGCCCGGAGACAGACAUGGAUCUAUGGUUUCUUUCGAUCCGGAUUUGCUGGUGGAAGGUUUUGUUUCUGCUGAGUGUUUUCCAGGACUAUCUGAGCUCCAUGCUGGACUGCCCGCCGACCUGCCGCUGCUCGCAGAUAGAAAUCUUCUGCAAUAAGUCCGACAACGGCAGGUUUUUCCCUUUACUCGCCCUGCAAGACACUGGCAGCAAUGGGACCAGUAUUGACAUAGCAGAGUUAUUCAAAAACAUCACCACUAUACACAUAGAGAACUGGACGGGAUUGCAGACUCUGAGAGACGUCGAUAUGGAGCUCUACACUGGACUACAGAGACUAACUAUCAAGAAUUGCAACCUGAGGGUGAUCCAGGCUCGAGCGUUCGCUCAGAACCCCCACCUACACUACAUAGACUUGUCAAAGAAUCCUCUCGCCACUCUGUCAUGGCAGCUCUUCCAGCACCUCCAACUCUCCGACCUGCGCCUGGAAGGUGUGGUGUUUGACUGCGGCUGUGAUAUCCGCUGGGUCCAGCUGUGGCAGCAGAGAGGAGAGGCCAUGCUCCACACACAGCAGCUGUACUGCAGGAACGGAGCCUCCAAGAUACGACUGCACAACAUGUACAUCCACAACUGUGACUUACCAGAGAUCAGCGUGAGCCACAGCAGCGUGCUAGUGAUGGAGGGCGACAACGUGACGGUGAGCUGCAAUGGAUCCGGAUCGCCGCUGCCCGAGGUGGACUGGACUGUCGGCGGCCUGCACUCCAUCAACACACACCUGUCCAACGUGUACUGGCCGAACAUCCACUCUAUCAACUUGACUCUUUCCAACAUCAGCCGAGAUGACAACAACUUCCAGCUGACCUGCAUUGCAGAGAACGUGGUGGGGAUGACCAACUCCUCCAUCCAGCUCAACGUACAAUUUCCCCCAAUCAUCCUGAGACUGGCUGAGCCCGAGAAGCGCCACGAUACCUGCAUCGAGUUCACGGUUCGGGGUUACCCCCAUCCCAAGCUGCGCUGGUUCUACAAGCAACAGGAGAUCAUCAAGAACAACUUCAUCCGAACCGAGAUGGACUUCUAUCAGGACUACCUGGAGGGCUGUCUGACCUUCCAGAACCCAACGCACGUCAACAAUGGCAACUACACUCUCGAGGCCAGCAACCCAUUGGGAACGGUCACCAAGACGGUGUAUGGUCACUUCCUCAUGAACCCAGACAUAGAUGGCGACUUAGAGGAACUAGUCACUUCAUCGCCGUCAGAUGGUGACUCAGACCGACCAGAUGAAGAUACGUUUGGGGUUUCCAUCGCCGUGGGUUUGGCGGGCUUCGCCUGCGUCCUCCUCCUCGUCCUUUUUGUUCUCAUCAACAAAUACGGCCGACGCUCCAAAUUCGGUAUGAAAGGUCCAGUAGCUGUGAUCAGUGGUGAGGAAGACUCUGCCAGCCCUCUUCAUCAUGUCAACCAUGGGAUUAUAACCCCCUGCACUCUGGAUGCGGGUCCUGAUGCGGUUGUCAUAGGGAUGACUCGUAUCCCCGUGGUGGAGAAUCCUCAGUACUUCAGGCAUGGACACAACUGCAACAAGCCGACCACUUUAGUCCAGCAUAUAAAACGGAGGGACAUCAUCCUGAAGAGGGAGUUGGGUGAAGGAGCCUUUGGUAAAGUCUUCUUGGCAGAGUGUUACAACCUCUGCCCCACCAAGGACAAGAUGCUGGUGGCUGUCAAGACACUGAAAGAUCCCAACCUGUCUGCGAGAAAGGACUUCCAGAGGGAGGCAGAGCUGCUGACCAAUCUGCAGCACGACCACAUCGUUAAAUUCUACGGCGUGUGUGUCGACGGAGACCCCCUCAUCAUGGUGUUCGAAUACAUGAAGCAUGGAGACCUCAAUAAAUUCCUCAGAGCCCACGGUCCAGACGCCAUGAUCCUGGUAGACGGCCAGCCGCUGCAGUCCAACGGAGAGCUGGGCCUUUCCCAGAUGCUGCACAUCGCCACCCAGAUUGCCUCGGGCAUGGUCUACCUGGGCUCCCAGCACUUUGUCCACAGAGAUCUGGCAACCCGUAAUUGCCUGGUGGGCAAUGGCCUGCUGGUCAAGAUUGGAGACUUCGGCAUGUCCAGGGACAUCUACAGCAGUGACUACUACAGGCGUGGCAGCUGGGCCGGUUCGGACCUUGCUGGGGGCAACGCCAGCAGUUAUGAAGCACUUGCCUGCUGGGUUGGAGGACAUACCAUGCUACCUAUUCGCUGGAUGCCCCCAGAGAGCAUCAUGUACAGGAAAUUCUCCACGGAAAGUGACGUCUGGAGCUUUGGAGUCAUCUUGUGGGAGAUCUUUACCUAUGGGAAGCAGCCUUGGUUUCAGCUGGGUAACAACGAGGUUAUUGAGUGCAUAACCCAGGGCCGGGUUCUGGAUAGGCCACGGAUUUGUCCUAAAGAGGUGUACGACAUCAUGCUGGGCUGCUGGCAGAGGGAACCGCAGCAGCGACUGAACAUUAAGGACAUUCAGAAGGUCAUGUUCGCUAUGGGCAAAGCCACGCCGGUCUACCUGGACAUCCUGGGCUAGCGGCGGCCCCAGGGUGGCCUGUUCCUCGCCAGACCGACAGAACGACAGAGACAUAACCGACAGACCGACCCACACGAAUCCAGGAAUAACCAAACCAACCUACUCCACUGUCGAAAAACACCUACAAUGUUUUGGAAGGACUUAAGUGCCUGCAACACUUUUGGAUAUAGUGGAUAAAACGUAUUCAAAAAACACGCACUUUUACAUUUUGUUUACUUGCGUAUAAGAUGUACAGGUUUGAAGAAGACUUUUUUUUUUUUUUUCCUCGAAAAAACUGCAAAAAUACACAAAAAUGGAGACAAAAAGGGAAGUGAAGUGGACUGGCAAUAGGAAAAUGGCCACAGUUUGAUUAUAUUACGGAGAGAACACAUCAGAGUUAAAAUCUAUCCUGGGUUUGGUUUUAUGAAUAUAUAUAGAAAUAUUACAUAUAUUUUAUAUUUAUUUCUUUUUGUCAGGGUGUUGAAGGGUCUGCCAUGUGUGUUGCUAAGGGCUCGGCCCUGUCCGAAGACGUCACCGACAAACUAUUGGCAGGGACUUGACAAUGGUAGCCUUACUUGCACUCUGAUUGGCUGGCACUGAUGGGAACUCCGCUUCUGUGGAAUAACACUGGAUGGUUGGAAAAACAAAGGAGCGCUCUGUAGAGGACCUACCCAAUCAGACAACCGACAAAUCUAUUUUAAUUUAAAAAAUAAUGUACAUAUUGUAAAAUUCUAUGUGUCAAAAUUAUGUUAACUUAUUUUUUCGGGUGUUAUUUUGGUUCCUUUUUCUGACUGUGAUCUGGGUGGCUAAAGUAUAAAGCUAUGGUAUUUGUUUUCAUCCUAAUCUCGAGGAGAUUUCUCUUGGGAAUCACCUGUGUCAGUGCUGGUAAGUUGUCUUAUGUGCUGAAGGUGAUUAGCCGGUGAACUCAGUUUGAAAAAGUCAGCUGACACCGAAUCACAGAGACUCUGGUGAACGAGGGGAACCAUCCACACGACACUUUUCCAAAGAGGUUGAUGAAGCCUCGUAUUCACUUUCCAGUUCAUUUGCUUUUUAUGGCAAGAAUAAUGCGUCGGUGAGUAAUAUCUUACACCACACCCCUCAAACACAUACACACGCUUUUGAGGAACUGUUCUGUCAUUUUUAGGCGUGUUGGUGUGAAACUGCUUCUCCACUCUAAAGAAAACAUUUUUGUAACUGGAAGUACGAAUCAUUUGUUAGCUGCGGGUGUGUGCUUCACACGCACAGCCUCAUAAAAAGCUAUAAGUUAAAGGAAUAGUAAGACAUUUUGGGAAAUACGCUCACUCAAAGAGUUAGAUGAAAAGAUAUCUAUCAAAUGUCAGCCUGGUCUAGCUUAGCUUAGCAUAAAGACUGGAAACAGAGGGAAAAAGCUAGCCUCGCUCCAUCCAAAGGUCACAAAAUCCACCUACCAGCACCUCUUAAACUGACAUAAGCCCGUUAGCUUAUGCUGAGCUAAGUCAACCAGUUGCUGGAAGUAGCUUCAUAUUUACCGACACGAGAGCGGUAUCGAUCUUCUCGUCUAGCUCUCGGCAAAAAAAAAAAGCAAAUGAGCGCAUUUCUUAAAAUGUCAAACUGUUGAUUCCAAACAUUUUCGGUUAAUACCAUCAGGAUCCGGUCACUUCUCAAGCCGAGAAAAGAAACGACGGCUUUUUUUCCUCGCACACCGCUUAGAACAACAAAAUUCAUUUUUUACUAUUCUGAUUUCUUUUCCAUAAACUGUACAUGACUCACAGUCACUCUUUUCUUCCUCGCACUCGUGGCCUUUGCAUGUUUAGCAAUGACGAGGCUUUCACCCGUCUUUUGCUGUGAUAAAAAACCUCUUCUGCUACAACCAGAGAGGAGCCACUGAAGCAGGUAGACACUUGUGUUUAUUUAUGGACGGUACAUCUAAAAUAACAAUCACUGAAGUGGAUCAGCUAACUGUGUGGUAUUACGCCUUCCAUAUUUUUGAUAAUUACAGUAUUUAAUGAACUGGAGAACAUGAAGAGUUUUGUUCCAAAAUGUGGCAGAAAAACAUGACCCCCAAAAAGCUUAACAGCAAAAAAAAAAAAAAAAAACUAAAACCAAAUGAAAUUACUUUUAAAGACUCGUUCGUAAUUAAGUGCUCAAAAUGAGUUCAUUCUCGCAGAGUGGAUUCUGUAGAUUUUCUCAGACGCUGAAUGAUAAACCUCAGGCAACAAUUUUAUUUUAUGUUGUAUCUGGAUAUAUAGCGUUUUGGAGUGGAACUCUUCACAUCACUUCCUUAUUAUCCUGACAUGAAUUCUCACAGUAUCACAGUGUUGUCUCUCUUCCCCUCGGGACUAUGUAAAUCAUUAAUGAGCAUUCAGUUAUUUCAAGUAUUUUAUAUGAAAGGCAGGAUCAAAUCCAACGAGUUACCCAAAGCAUUGAGUUUUUGUGUAUUCUCUUGUGGUAAAGACAAACGCUUAAAGACAUUAUGACAUAGACCAUGAGCAUUUGCAGGGUAUUGUAAUCCUUUCAUGGUGAGUUGAAUAUUGUUUAAAAAAAGUUUUUCAUUUUCUUUUCUUGGAUGAACUAACUGAACACUUUUUGAAGCAAAGUUGGCAUAUGUACACAUGUUACAGAAUAUAAAAAUGUGGUAUAACAACUGCAGUAUAUAAAAUACUGGUAUUCCAUGAUAGAUCUUUGUAUUAAUGUGACUCUCUUAAGAAAAUGUCUUCAAACAAUCA